AUGGCUUCCAACCUCCUCACGGAUCUCAAGGACACCGAACAGAAGACCGAAGCACCCAUGGCUUCCAACCUUGUCGCGGAUCUCAAAGACAUUGAACAGGAAAUCGAAGCAACCAUGGCUUCCAACCUCCUCACGGAUCUCAAGGACACUGAACAGCAGACCGAAGCACCCAUGGCUUCCAACCUUCUCGUGGAUCUCAAAGACACUGAAGAGAAAGUCGAAGCAACCAUGACUUCCCAUCCUUACGCUUUAGACGAAUUCAAAGAUCGUGCGAGCAUCUCCUUCCACAUCCCUUUAAAGAUCAUGGGAACUAUAGCCAUGGAGGGUGGCCGGCCAGCCAUCACCGAAAAGACAUCAGCAUUCGAGAAUCUCCCCUUGGAAGUCCACACUGGCAUUAUCAGAGUGCUCAAGCACGUCGAUGCAGCUAUCCUAGCCCUCACCAGCAAAACCAUGGCUGCAAUUGUGCUGGGCGAUCCAGACUUCUCCAACAUCGCCGAUUGGGAAGAAAUGGGUCAUUUGAAGUUGCACCACGGACCAUUCUUCGAAAUGCUUUAUGGCACGGAUCUGCUCCGCCCUCUCAUCCCAUGCCACAUCAUCCCAUGCCCCCUCUAUGCUCGGCAGAUGUGGAUUUGGAGCGCUCGGGUCAAAACCCGUGCCUGGAUAGCCAGACAGGCCGAGCGACAAAUUGCAAAGGCUAGCCAGGGAAAGGCGAGCGAAUAG